AUGGCCGCGUCCACCCUGUCCGUCUGCUCCAGCGACCUGAGCUAUGGCAGCCGCGUCUGCCUGCCCGGGGCCUCGGACUCCUGCCCCGACUCCUCCUGGCAGGUGGACGACUGCCCAGAGAGCUGCUGCGAGCCCCCGUGCUGCGCCCCGGCCCCCUGCCUGACCCUCCUGUGCGGCCCCUCCUCCCCCUGCCAGGGAGACUGCUGCACCCCUGCGUGCUGCAAGCCCGUCUGCUGCACCCCUGUGUGCUGCAAGCCCGUCUGCUGCACCCCUGUGUGCUGCAAGCCCAUCUGCUGCAGCGCUGUCUGCUGUGAGGACUCCCCCUGCACAACCUCUUCAUGCUGCCAGCCGUCCUGUUGCACCUCCUCCCCCUGCCAGCAAGACUGCUGCAAGCCCGUCUGCUGCACCCCUGUGCCCGUCUGCUGCACCCCUGUCUGCUGCAAGUCUGUCUGCUGCACCCCUGUGUGCUGCAAGCCCGUGUGCUGCACCCCUGUGUGCUGCGAGGACUCCCCCUGCUCAGGCCCCUCCUGCUGCCAGCCCAGCCCCUGCUGCAGACCCUCCUCCAGUGUAUCCCUGCUCUGCCGCCCCGUGUGCCCCCGCCCCGCCUGCUGCGCCCCUGCCUCCUCCUGCUGCCGCCCGGCCUCCUGCGUGUCCCUGCUCUGCCGCCCCGCGUGCCCCCGCCCUGCCUGCUGCGGCCCCGCCUCAGGCCAGUGCUGCUGCUGA